UUGCGCAGUUGGCUUCCACGGAUCCGGUCCUGUUCCUUACCGAGUGGCCCUGACUGCCAUCUUUGUUGAGGGCUUCAUCUUCCUGGGCCUGACCAUCUUUGGCAUGCGACAAUGGCUCGCUCGAGCGAUUCCUCACUCCAUCAAGGUAGCGACGGGUGUGGGCAUUGGCCUCUUCCUGACGCUCAUCGGUUUCACAUACAGCGAGGGUCUCGGUAUCAUUACCGGUGCCACCGACACUCCCCUGGCCCUGGCCGGAUGCUCGCCCGGCAACCUGCUUGACGACGGCACUUGCCCCAGCUGGGACAAGAUGCGCUUUCCGGCCAUGUGGAUCGGUAUCUUCUGCGGUGGCAUCUUCACUGUGCUUCUCAUGAUGUACCGUGUCAAGGGCGCCGUCAUUGCCGGCAUCAUCCUCGUCAGCAUCAUCUCCUGGCCUCGUACCACGCCCAUCACCUACUUCCCUCACACCGCCGUUGGCGACGACUCGUUCAACUUCUUCAAGAAGGUUGUCGACUUCCACCGCAUCGAGAACACGCUCAACGUGCAGGAGUGGAACGUCAGUGAGUACGGUGGCCAGUUUGGCCUUGCCCUCAUCACCUUCUUGUACACGGACAUUCUCGACUGCACGGGAACCCUUUACGGUAUGGCCCGUUUCGCCAAUCUCAUCGACCCCGUCACCCAGGACUUUGAGGGCUCUGCCGUAGCCUACAUGGUCGACGCCAUCAGCAUCUCCAUCGGCGCUCUCUUUGGUGUUCCUCCCGUCACGGCCUUUGUCGAGUCGGGUGCUGGCAUCUCUGAGGGUGGCAAGACCGGCCUCACGUCCGUUGUGACGGGCCUCUGCUUCUUCAUCAGCGUCUUCUUUGCUCCCAUCUUCGCCUCCAUCCCGCCGUGGGCCACUGGCAGUGUCCUGAUCCUCGUCGGCUCCAUGAUGGCCACGUCCGUCACCGAGAUCAACUGGAAGUACAUGGGCGAUGCCGUCCCCGCCUUCCUCGCCAUCGCCGUCAUGCCCUUCACGUACUCGAUCGCAAACGGCCUCAUUGCAGGUGUCAUGUCGUACAUCAUCAUCAACUCCACCGUGGGAAUCAUCAACUUUGUCUCUCGCGGCCGCAUCGUGCCUCCCAACCACGCCGACAAGGAGCCCUGGACAUAUCGCAUUCCCGGCGGCUUCUUCCCUCCCUGGCUGGUUCGCUUGUUCCACGGCAAGAAGGACUUCUGGCGGGAGGACAUCGUUGUCGAAGAGCAUGUGCUGCAUAAGGAGCAAGACGCCAACUCGGAAGAUCAUGGCAACGCCGACGUCACCCGUACCUCUGAGACGGCCGAAGUCAAGUUGUAGGCCG